AAGCAAACAUGAAGCCUCGACGGGCGUGCGUGCAGUUGCUCGUGUUCUCUCUUCUCGGGCUCUUGGUCGUGAGCCUCGUGUUUGUGGGGCGGCUCGCUGGAAGCCUCUCGCGGCCGCCGCGCAUCGCCCACGCUGUGUUUCUCAAGCGUGUGCGCGAUGCCUCGCACAACAUCGUUCGCGUCGAUGGCCUCAACGCGGCCGAAACGUACUUGAACACGGUUCGCCUCAACGACGGUCCGCUCUACGUCCUCGUGACGAGCCUCCGGAACGGCUCCGAGCCCGAUUGGUGCGAGCUCUGUGACGUCGCGCGUCAGCCUGUUGCAACCGCCUUUGCCAAUGCGCCGCCGUCCGCACGCCUCUUGUGGGUGCAAGUGACGGAAGAGGGGUGGGAGACGAGCAAGUUUACGCUGCGGCCCGACGCGCAGCUUGAGAUUCGCGAGCUCCCGACGCUGCUGCGGUACAAUGGCCGCAUGGUGACGACGCUGUUGCUGGCCGAGGCGUUUGUCUCAGACCCGCUGCUUCUCGCGGGAGUCUUUGCGACGCCGCCUACUGCCGUACCCGUGCCUCGCGUCGUUGACGUGACGACGAUCGACGAGAUGAAUGCUGCGCUGAAUGCGUUCGAUGGUGCGCCACUCUUUCUCUACUUUGUCUCGGGGCGGUACGAGAGCACGGGGCGGCUCUGGUGUCCGCAUUGCGAUCGCGCCGACGUCCCGAUCCUUGGCUACUACCGGGCGUACGCGCCACCGAACGCAACGCUCUUGCGCAUUGUCGUUGCCAAGACAAUCGACCAGUGGCACGAUGUGGCCAACCCGUUCCGGACGCAGUCGGCAGUGAAGCUAACGGGCCUCCCGAUGCUCACGCGCCUCUCGUUGAGCGGCGCGGGCCUGCCGCAGCUCAACGAAUACGUCGAGUUCUUCGAAGAUCGGGACCGGCUCCGCGCGUUCUUCGAGCAGAACCAAGCGCCAACCGCCUAACGUGAAUUUCGCACGCACUUUAUCGUCGUCAGCGGCCAACCGGCUUGGACUUGUGCAGUUCGACCAAACGCGGUUCAUAAUUAAGAAUAACAAAAU